AGAUGUGUCCGCAGAAGUAAGAGGUAGCCCUCGUCCAAACCGCUCCAGUCGUCCUCUCUCUGCCGUGUUCCAAAACAUCCAUCCUCCAAACAUCUGGAGACAUCGGAAAGGCACCAUGUCCAUUACCCAGGUGACAGUGACAGAGGAAGGGUCCAUCAGUGGCGCUCUGCAGCGCAGCAAGAAAACCAAGAGGAACUGGAAGAAACUUUGGUUCCUCCUGAGAGACAAGGUGCUUUACACCUACCGAGUCCAAGAGGAGAAAGUAGCAUCCGAGAGUUUACCUCUGCUGGGAUUCACAGUGAAGCUACCUGAGAAGCAGUGGGGAGAGGAGGAGGCCAACGUCUUCCAGCUUUACCACAAAAACACCUUGUAUUACUCCUUUAGAGCUGAGGAUACCUACACAGCCGAGAGGUGGGUAAAUGCCAUGGAGGAAGCCACCGUUUUAUAGUAUCAGCCACUUCAGGUGGGUUGCCAGAUAUGGAAGUCCUCCACCUUUCUUCUGCUACAGACAGACUGUGAAACCAAAACGAGACGAUUUGGAGUCAUAAAAAAGACAUUUGAUUAUGUCUGCAAUAUGUUACAUGUCUGGCUGGACUGAAAAAAAGAAGACAUGGUGUUCUUUGAAAGAGGACACGAUUACCUACUUUGCCCCCCUCCAGUGUCCCUGCCUGCUGUUACAGCAGGUGUGAGCCACGAGAGGCAUUGGCCCAGAUACCUGCCAGUGUGGAACGUUACAUCGAUGUGGUCUGUAUUUCCCCCAGCGGCUCAUCAGAGACAUUCCUUCAAAUCAUGGGGAACAUAAUAGAUUUUUGGAAAAUAAAUAUAUUCUAUGAUUUCAACACUUGCCCAGAUGUGGAAUCCCAUAAACUUCAGUGAAAAGGUAUUUAUGCUAGCUAAGUUAGGCCUUCAUUUCAACACAUGUUUUUCCACUGGAUACAUAGAGUAUGGAUGUGGCUUUGCGCUGCACUGUAUUGUUGGAGAUGGUCCUUCCAUUUAUGCUUUUUUGCACAAAAAAUGAUUGAAUCAGUAAAAGAAAUACGAGUAUACUCCAUCAUGGAGGCCAAAAGCUUCAGCUACUGUACUUAAUUUACCCUACACACUAUAUUCAAUAUUGUCAAUUAUGUCUUUAUUGUUUAAAUACCUAGUACAGUUAGAAUGUACAUUCUUAUUUGUAUUAAGACUCAAUACAGAUGUUUUUCCCCCUGGACUGAACCAUGGAUCCCUGAUUUAACUGAUCUACAUAAUCAGCGUCUUGGACUUCGUACUGUAACUGGUGAUUUAUUCAGCUUGAGUUUCUAACACUAUUAUUUUUAAGCAAAGUAAAGGAGGCUUUACCGGUGGAAACAGUCUGUGUCUGUUUUUUCUCUCGAUACUCCUCAUGUCCUCCAGAUGGCAGGUGGACUAAACAUUAAAGUACAACAGGCUGGCAUUGACUUCCUGUCACUGUGUCCUUGUUCAUGAGCGAAGUACAUACAUUGAAAAUGGAAACAUUAGCUGCCCCCAUUUGAGUCUGCACUGAUACAGUAUGUAGUAAAUGUGUGUCCUGAUCUGAUGAAACUGCCAGUGAGAGAUCAUUUCAGACAACAUGUUGAGCUGCUCAGGGACACACUGUGUAGUCCGGUGUGCUGUGCGG